AGUCAGAUUUCUUUAUAUACCGAAAUGUCAGAAGGCUGUACAUACGUUUGUUUUUCAUUGUGUUGUUAUUGAAGGACCGGCCAUUCUUUCUUAAUAUCAACUGACAUAUUAACAUACAAGGAUAUACAGUAAAAGUACAGAUUGUGACCAAUUGGAUAAACGUUUUAAACUAGUACACAUACACGUGGAUCAUACCGAUAUAACCACAGACGUACGGUCUGUGAUGAAGUAUAUUGAGACAUUAUAAAUAAGUAGAUCUUAAACUAGACGGCAGAAUGACAAUCUGUAAUGAAAUGGAUAGAAACUUUUUAAAUCCGUAAAUCAAAUAUCAGACUCUCAUGCAGAAGUCAAAACGUUAUCUGUGAGCUCUUGUCAAUGUAUGAUCCAGUAUACGACCACUGACUGAGCAGGGAGUGUAAGAGACAUCACCAUGGAAACUACCACAACGAAUUCGAAAAGAGGACCCCGUGAUAAGUCAAACUGGGUUCAUUUGCCCAGUAUUGACAUGGGUUACCGUGGUAAACCAAAAGUCGACUCUCUGUCCAACAACAGGUAUCAACCUAAACAGAGCUACAAAGAGAUACCCUCAUUCCCAGUUAUCUGGAAAGGUGAACCAAAGGUGAAGUCCAUCGACCCUGACCACAUAGAGCGCACUAAAAAGAAGCAAUCACCAUGGAAUAAUGACCAGCAUACUAAGACCAUCAUCAUUCCGAAAAGUCAAGUCAGUAGAAUUAAGCAGAACUGGAAAGAUGCUCGAGAAAAUACUGAGACUGGAAAACUUGAAAUUCCAGUUACACCAAAGAAAUUUGUUGGGAAACCCAAGGUUGGAUCACUUGAGAACGCUGGAUAUAAACCAGGUGGUGGGAAUGUGGAAAUUCCUGAUGAGAGACCACAGUGGGAUUCAAGCUCAAAGGUUGAAUCUCUUCUAAAUAUGCACUAUAGGCCAAAAACUGGAUAUGUUGAAAUUACCAAUAAAAAGUUCGACUGGAAUGUGGAGGCAAAAGUGGGUUCAUUUGAUAACAUUGGUUACAUACCAACAAAGAAACCAAAAAAGGCGAUAGAUUAUCCUUUGAAGUGGCAGGCUUUGUCCAAGGUAGGUUCCCUUAAUAACAAAAACUACCAACCUGGGGGAGGAAACGUACAACUGCUGACGGAAAACAAGAAAUGGAAUGCUCAAUCAAAAGUGGGUUCCUUUCAGAACAAGGGGUACCAGCCAGGAGGUGGUAAUGUUAUGUACGACACAGUGCCUCUUGAAUGGACUGCUAAGUCAAAGGUUGGAUCGCUGGAGAAUAAGGACUUUAAAUCAAAGGGAGGCAAUAAGGUUUACCAUACUGAGGAACUGGUGUGGAAUGCCACCGCAAAAGUUGGAUCUUUUGCUAACAAACAUUUUCAACCUGGAGGAGGAAAUGUGGCAUACAAUACAGAGAAACUAGAUUGGACCACUGAAUCAAAGGUUGGCUCUCUUGAAAAUAAGGACUAUAAAUCAAAGGGAGGCAAUAAGGUUUAUCAUACUGAAGAACUGGCGUGGAAUGCCACCUCAAAAGUUGGAUCGCUUGUUAACAAACACUUCCAAUCUGGAGGAGGCAAUGUGGAAUACAACACAGAGAAUCUAGAGUGGAAAGCUGAAGCAAAAGUAGAUUCACUUAAAAACAAAAACCAUCAACCUGGAGGCGGAGGUGUGGAGUAUCAGAUUGAAUCCCUAGACUGGAAAGCUUCCCCUAAAGUUGGGUCACUGGGAAACAAGGACUACAUGUCUACAGGUGGAAAUGCUGAAUAUGACACGGAGGUGAUUGGUUUGGAAUCUGAACCUAAAGUUGGGUCUUCAGUAAACAAACAAGACCAGUUGGAAGGUGUUGAUGAAGAAAUUCAGGCAGAGGAGCUAAACGGGACGUCGGGGCCAAAGGAAGGCCUGCUACUGAACGAAAACCACCAGGCAAGCUCGGGAAAUUCCAAAGAAGAAUAUGAAAAAAUACCACGGAACAAUGUUUCAGAAGGUGAAUCUUUGGAAACUUACAUAAGUCCAGAACCUAAGUACAGGAGAGUGAACUCUCAGAGUGGUGGUGUACAAAUUUCAUCCAAUGAGGAAUCGUCCAAACCUUUGACAGAAAACCAGGAGAGGAACCAUUAGGCCAGUGUUAACCAGACCACCACACUGGUCAGUCAACAUGGACAGGGGACCCAGAGUUCAGACGUUGUGUUCACUCAUACAGAGACCGGUAAUUAAUGUAAUCACUUGUCUUGUUUCGGAGAGUAAGUGAAACUAAGGUGUGACUUUUUGGCGGCGUCAAACAUUCUCAUUUAACUUCACGUUCAUAGGCUACUUCGAAUUCUCACACAAUGUGAAGGUGGUUGGGCAUUCAUACUCGGAUCAUAGUCACACUGCAUCACAUUAUAUACUGCGGAUGCUUAGUGUGGCUUCUAUUUCAUGGUUCAUUGACUUGCUGAUGAUGAGUUUUCACAUUAUCUGUGCUUCAAGUGAUUUCAAAAACUCGAAUUUUGAAUGCCUGACUUUUUUCUUGAUUUGGUCGUUCUACGGAUUGUUUAAGGUAAAUAAUGCCUCAAUGUAUGUACAUUUGUUUCAUAGCAUUCCUAUUAACCUUACAAUAACCAUAUAAUUAAUCAAAUUCUCUGUUGAAAAUGUAAAUAUGUUAAUGGCCUCCACGCUGGUGUAAAUUAAGCCUAAUGUAAGUGAGUUUAGUAUCACCUCGAUAUAUAUAUAUAUAUGAAAACAAAAGACAAGAGUUUCUUCGACUUUCCUAGCGCUUUCUCCUCUUUAGAGAUUCACCAGAGGAACUAUAUAUAUAUAUAACACCUUCAUUAUAUCUUUAUUUCCUUAUCCAUAUCUUUGUGCAGUACUCAAAUACAUUGAUUUAAUUCACAAUUUGGACUUAGUGCAAUUUUACUUGUCAUUAAUUUAACCAUUUACAAUUUUCUAUAUAUCUUUAAGUCAGCAUUCCUCUUAAACACCUGUGCUGAUGACCUUACUAUAAACCAAACACAGAGUAUACCUCUAUGUUUGCCUGUGAUUCUGUGAAAAAAAAUGAAAUUGGAAUCUAUAAUAUGUCUAUUCAUUGUUAAUUUGCAGUUGUAUCUCUUAACAUAUUUAUUUAAACUCACUAUUUACUUAUCUUUUUAACUUCAACUCAAUAUUCCUUCUGUAUACUUAUUCAUGUGUUGACAAACCUGCAAUAAACUAAACAUAGUGUAUGUCGGUAUGUUUGCUUAUAAUUAUGUCAAGAAAGUAUUUUGAAUCCAUUUUAUCUAGGUUAUACACGAUAUAAUGUAAAUAAUUCAAAAGAUCGGAUUUGACGAUAGAAGGCCUCCCCCGGGCAUAUAGUGACAAUUAGUAUACAAUAAAAAUGUUUUGAU